AAUUAGACUCCACUUUUCUUCUUCUCUCCCCCUCUCCACUCCCCCGACCUUUGCUUUCUCUUUUUCUCUCCAACUUUAAACCUCAUUAAACCCUUGGCUUUCCUUUUUCCUACACACUCUCUCUUCAGAAAAGCAACGAUGAGUCGUAUCGAGUGCAAAUAUAUCAUAUCCCAAGCCAAAGCAUGAAAAAAUAAAAGGAAUCCCCAAAUCCGUCUUUGAACCCUAAUCAGCCCGUAUCGAUUUCCAGGAAUUAAGAAAAGAAAGGACAGAGAGAGAAAAUGAGCCAGAAGUCGCUGAUCUACACGUUCGUUUCUCGCGGAACGGUGAUUCUAGCGGAGUACACUGAAUUCAGUGGGAAUUUCAAUUCUAUUGCGUUCCAGUGCCUCCAGAAGCUCCCGGCCACCAACAACAAGUUCACCUACAACUGCGAUGGCCACACCUUCAAUUACCUAGUCGACAACGGCUACACAUAUUGUGUAGUUGCAGAUGAAUCGGUUGGGCGACAAGUACCCAUGGCUUUUCUGGAGCGCAUCAAGGAUGACUUUUUGUCAAGAUAUGGUGGUGGAAAGGCUGCUACGACUCCUGCCAACAGCCUUAACAAGGAAUUUGGGCCUAAAUUGAAGGACCACAUGCAGUACUGUGUUGAUCAUCCUGAAGAGAUAAGCAAGCUUGCAAAGGUGAAGGCCCAGGUUUCAGAAGUUAAAGGUGUUAUGAUGGAGAAUAUUGAGAAGGUUUUAGAUAGAGGUGAAAAGAUAGAGCUUCUGGUGGAUAAGACUGAGAACCUUCAUCAACAGGCACAGGACUUCCGGAGCGCAGGGACUAAAAUCCGGAGGAAAAUGUGGCUGCAAAACAUGAAGGUGAAGCUGAUUGUUUUGGGAAUUCUGAUAGCGUUGAUCCUCAUCAUAAUCCUCUCUGUUUGCCAUGGGUUCAACUGCGGGAAAUGAGCAGCUGCUUCUGUAUCAAAACUUGCAAUUAAUAUAUAUAUAUAUAUCUCGUGACUUUGUAUGUAGUCCAAAAUUAGCAACUUCCAGAUACUUGGCACGAAGUAAGCUUACUUUUGCGUGUGAAUGAACCCCAUAAGAUAUUAUUAUUAUGUCACCAGGAUGCUUUUCCUUUUAAAACAUAGUUGCUUGAUUU